AUGAAGUUGGAUAGUGAUGAAGUCAUAGUGGAGAUUCCUGGUGCUGACGGCAAAAACUCUGUUUCUGGCAAUUACCCAAAUACAGAGGAUGUUCAUUUGCAUGAUUCAGGUCUGAGAUCAAGAAAAAAUGUAGCCGCAGUUACAGAUAUAGCAGAGACUAAUCGAAUUACUACUACGUCACAGUUACAGAUUGAGGACGACAGUAGUAGCCAGCUGAAGACAAAAUCUAGCAUCAAUGAACCAGAAAUUUCUAGCAAUAGUGAGACCGGGAAUAUUGAUAGAGUAAGUGUAUCUGGUUCUCCAUUAAUAAUGAUAGAAAAUCUGAGAGCCGUCUCUCCUGUAAAACCUACAACCCCUUUAAUGGCAUCAAUAGGUAAAGAAAAGGAUGAGAUUGUUCAUUAUCCUUUACGAUAUAGACUAAAGAAAAUCAAGGUUCUGGUAAUUAUCGAGUUCUGUUUAUUUGUUUGCAUUACAUCAGUUUUAAUUCUAAGUGUAAAUGUCAGUAAACUUGAAAAGAAAGAGAUUUGGAAUUUAAAAUUAUGGAAAUGGUGUGGUUUGGGAUUGGCAAUUUUCUGUGGCCGUUUAUUUUCAGAGUGGUUGAUGAAUAUCGUAGUUUUCUUGAUUGAAAAGAAAUUCCCCAAUAAUAAAGUUAUGUAUUUGGUUCAUUCUGCGUAUAAGAGCUUUUGGGUUUUUAUCUGGUUAGGCUUGAUUCUACUAACAUGGGUGCUCUUGAUCAACCGAGGUGUCAGUAGAUCAAGUGACACAGACAAGGUUCUAAAUGAUAUCACAAGGGGGAUUGCAUCGAUACUCAGAACUAUGGUUUUGAAGUUCUUAUAUUCUUCAUUUUAUUUGAAAAGAUUCUUUGAUAGGAUUCAGGAAAAUAUAUUCCAUCGAUACAUACUUCAAAACCUUUCAGGGAAAUCAUUGAUGGAGCUUUCAGAAAUGAUUCAAACUAAAGCUGCCGCUGAUCUUAUAUUUAGAAAUGUAGCUAAACCCGAGUACAAUUACAUCGAAGAGGAAGAUCUUUUGCGUUUUAUGAACAAAGAGGAGGCAGAUAUGGUGCUUUCAUUGAUUGGAGGAGCAGUGGAAAGGGGAAGGAUCAAUAAGAAAUCUGUUCUUAAUUGGGUGGUGAGCAUCUAUCUGAAGAACAAAUUGUUGCAGCAUUCUCUAAAUGACAUAAAAGAAGCCAUAAAUAUAUUAAACAAGUUUAUAACUGGGCUUUUGGUAGUAGUACUCAUAAUCCUUUGGGUAAUACUCAUGGGUAUUGUUUCAACAGAAGUGUUGCUUUUCAUUUCAUCUCAGUUCUUACUUGCUGUUUUCACAUUUGGGAGCUCUGCUAAGUCAACAUUUGAGGCCAUGAUAUUCGUAUUUGUGAAACACCCAUUUGACGUUGGUGAUCGUUGUGUCAUUGAUGGUAUCCAGGUUGUUGUAGAAGAAGUGAGCAUUUUGACUACCGUCUUCCUGAGAUAUGACAAGGAGAAAAUGUACUAUCCAAAUUCAAUAUUAGCUACAAAAUGCAUCAGCAACUUUAAUCGAAGUCCAGAGAUGAUGGAUACCGUAGAGUUUGAUUUAGAUAUUUCUACUUCAGUUGAAAACAUUUCAGCUCUAAAAGCUAAAAUUAAAACUUACAUAGAUAGCAAGCCUCAGUUAUGGCGACCAGAGCACAGUGUUCAGGAUUAUGAAGAGAAAAGCGAAAGAAGAUCAAACCUGGUGCUGGAGCUGAAGAACAUCUUCCAACAACUUGGAAUCAAGUAUCAUAUUCUUCCCCCAACAACUUCUAGUUAGCUACAUAGGUUGCGUCUGCAUCACCAUUGGCAACUACUUUUUUAGUGAAUCCUGAUCAAAUGAUCAAAUCCAGUCAUGAUUCUUAAUUAUUCCUCAUUUAUUGAUUUCAAUGGUAAUCACAAUUAGUAUUUCCCUUUUUUUUUGCAUGAUUAAAUAAA